AUGCCUCUAAGGGACAAGUGUUGUCAGACUGACCACCAUCACCAUGGCUGCUGUGAACCAGGUAAUAGUGCUUUAGUAAUCUACCUUUCUUAAAAAAGAAAUAAUUAAAUGCAGUAAGACACUGUCGGGAAAAGAUAGCCUAUAUUAUGCUGCCGUAAUGCAAUUAGGACAUCUUCAAAUAUUGUUAUAUUGCCAGUAUUAUAAAAAUGGUUGGGUUUUGAUGAAGUACUUCUUAAAUCUUCCUCCUUGUAGACUGGGUUGAGGGAGAAGGUAUGGAAUAAACAUUUCAGGAAACUAUGUUUCCAAGGCCUGCAAAACAAAAUUUAUUCAGCAUACAAAUAGCUUGAUAUAAAUAUAUACAAAUAUUCUGAAGUUGGCACGUUGCUGUAAUAACCACAUGAGCUUAAAAAAAUGGCUUGUAACCUAAAAACACUUGAAACGAGAAAAUGAAGAGAGAUAUACACAUUACUACGUGCUUCAACUUAAGAUAGGAUACCUACUAACCCACUUACCAGAGCUUGAGUAGGCAUGUAUAAAAACAUUUUAAUUGACUAAAUAUGCACAGCCACAUAAAUAGAGGUCUGCUUCUAUGUAUAUUUAAGAAAUACUUCUAACAAGUGCAGAUGGCAAGUACCAUCUUAAAAUGGAGAAAAGUGUGUUCCCCCUUUUCUCUCAUAUAGUUGGAGUGUCUUUUUAAAUUGAUCUUUGGUAUAAUGCAUAUACUGUAUGUAUCAUCUAAAAACAAAGGGUUUUAUCCUAUUAAGUCACACUUGGAGUAAACUUUUGAAACACAUGGAUUUUAAUAAUUUAAGCCCAUUAAUAUCAACUCAUGACUUAAGUGGGUACAACCCAAAGAAAGUAAGUUGCUUCAGAACAGGGUUGUUACCUAUAUGGAAUUAAUAGAUCAGAUGAUUACUUGACUAUACCGUCUAUGGCUAAUCAUCUCAGAUUUCUUUAAUCGGGUGACAUAUCUGUUAGGAAUCUUUACAAAUAAAAAGCUGUGAUUGAAAUAAAUGUUCUUGCAAAGAUGCCCAGUUGCGUCUUGACUGACUCAACAGAGUUAACAAACACUAGCAUAACUCAUUCCUUAAAUUGAUAUUAAUGCAAUUGAGCAGCAAACAUAAUCCUAAUAUGAAUAUAGGUACAUGAGUGUAGGAAUUGCUAGACAACAUUGGUAAAACCUUAUGGCAAUUAUUUCUAGCAAUUACGUGUAUUCUAUCUUUCAGAAAUGUUAUUUGUCAUUUCUAGUACUAACUGCUUUCUAGAUAAGCUGUAUAUAUAUACAGUGGAACCUUAUUCCCGAAUGCCUCCAUUGUCGUACGUUUCGGUUCUCAAACGCCGAAAACCCGGAAGUAAAUGCUUCCGUUUUCAAAGGUUUUUUUGAACCUGAACGUGCGACGCGGUUUGCGCUGAGGGCAAGAAGCUCUUGCAACCAAUGGGAAGUCGCGCCUCGGUUUUCGAACGUUUCAGAAGCUGAACGGGCUUCCAGAAUGGAUUUCGUUUGAGAACCUAGGUUCCACUGUAUCUCUAUUUGUGUGUGAAUAUGCUUUUUUGAGCUUAACUGAGACAGUCACAGACAUUACAGCUGUUUUGGAAAUAGCAAUAAAAAACCUACAUAUUUGUCAUUUUUGAUGUCCAGGCUAUAUUGCAAUGUUUUAAUAGAACUUUAAUAGAACAGCCUCAGUGCAGUUAACAUUUAUGUGUGGACAUGUACCUUAAGCUCUUUUUUAUUAUUUAUUGUGACUAUUUUGCAGUGCAUAUACUGGAACCUGGAGAUCAUCCUUUAUUGCAGCAGCCUCUUCAGACAUCAAAAUCCGGCAUUCAGCAAAUUAUUGAAUGUUUUCGAUCAGGUAUGAGUAGGUUCUUUUUUAUAUAUUAUUUUGCCUUGAAGGUUUGGAAUGCUUCAAUGGUGACAUAAAUAACAUCUAAUGAACAAUCUAAAAUCAUUAUUUCACAUUUUAAGAAAAAUGGCGCUCUUGGAUUUUCAUGGAUUUGAUUUUGGGUUGUAUCCAACAUUAGUCAUAUUCACAGUAGAACCACUGGGUUGUAACCAGUAAAAUAAUUGCACAUGAAAGCCUACUUCCGCAGGCAACAUGGAACCUCUUCUCUCCCUCCUCCACCUCCAAAAUCUGCUCUGGGGGUUUCCCCCAACUCUCUGGAGCAGAUUUAGGGGUGAGGGUGGAAGGAGAAAGAAGUAAAGUUCUCUUGUGCCCAUGCAAGUUAGUUCAUGUUCACACUGAUAUCCUUGGAUACAACCCACUGAAAUUACAGUGGUACCUUGGGUUACAUACGCUUCAGGUUACAUGUGCUUCAGGUUACAGACUCCGCUAACCCAGAAAUAGUGCUUCAGGUUAAGAACUUUGCUUCAGGAUAAGAACAGAAAUCAUGCUCCGGCGGCACCGCAGCAGCAGGAGGCCCCAUUAGCUAAAGUGGUGCUUCAGGUUAAGAACAGUUGCAGGUUAAGAACGGACCUAUGGAACGAAUUAAGUACUUAACCCGAGGUACCACUGUAAUGCACAUGACUAACUUCAGUCCAUUAAUUUCAGCUGGAUGUUACCCAAUGUUUUAAGAAUUUCUUGUUUUAAUUAUUGUAUUGAUAUUUGAUUGUAAGUAUACCACCCUGGGUUCCUAUUUUAAGAUGGGUACAGUGGUACCUCAGGUUACAUAUGCUUCAGGUUACAUACGCUUCAGGUUACAGACUCCGCUAACCCAGAAAUAGUGCUUCAGGUUAAGAACUUUGCUUCAGGAUGAGAACAGAAAUCAUGCAGUGGUGGCGCAGCGGCAGCAGGAGGCCCCAUUAGCUAAAGUGGUGCUUCAGGUUAAGAACAGUUUCAGGUUAAGUACGGACCUCCGGAACGAAUUAAGUACUUAACCCGAGGUACCACUGUACUUGGAGAAUUUCUGAAUGAAUAAAUAGGUCUAACCAAGAUUCACCGACUCUACUAUUCUGUUACCAACAGUAAGUAGUCAGUCAGAUGCUUCUGGUACUCCCUGGCCUCCCUUCCGCGGCUUGUGAUUGGCUGUAGGAGCUUCCUGCAACCAAUCAGAAUCCGCACUUUGGUUUCUGAACGUUUUGUAAAUCGAACGGACUUCGUUCGACUUCCAAGGUACGACUUUACUGUAUACAUUGUAGCUGAGACUGUAGCAUUUCAAAUUUUGAAAACCCCUUUGGGAAAAUGUUCACCACAAAUUAUGUAUUUACAAUAGCAGUGCAGUUCUGAGAUAUGCAGUAAAGUUGUUUUUUUAUCAUGGCUUUUGCUGGCAACGAGUGACAGCAAUCAAAAUGAUGUUUGAUUGUUUAUUUUACUGUAUAAUAACUAUGUAUGAUAUGGUUAUUGACUGCCUUGAGAUGCCCAUAUAAGAAGCAUAUAAAUAUUUUAAUAAAAUAUAAAUAAAUAAAUUUAGGUACAGAAAACUGGUAACUGUAAAUCUACUCUAACGUUAAUCUUGCCACUCCAUUUGUAAAAUCAUCUAAAUUAGUAGCUUUUGCCAUAUCUUUUAGUAAAUUGCAGAUGCUUAUUUUGUGUUGUAGGGAAGAAGCAUUUCUUUUCCCUGUCUGCAGAAAUUUGGAAUUUUUCCUUUGUGACCUUAGAAAUUUCGGGCUUAGGUUGAAUGUUCAGGGAAGUUUUUAAUGUAUGACAUUUUAAUGUAUUUUUAAUCUUUGUUAAGUCAGGGACGCGGGUGGCGCUGUGGGUAAAACCUCAAUGCCUAGGACUUGCCGAUCGUAUGGUCGGCGGUUCGAAUCCCCGCGGCGGGGUGAGCUCCUGUCUUUCGGUCCCAGCUCCUGCCCACCUAGCAGUUUGAAAGCACACUUAAGUGCAAGUAGAUAAAUAGGUACCGCUUUAUAGCGGGAAGGUAAACGGCGUUUCUGUGUGCUGCGCUGGUGCUGGCUCGCCAGAGCAGCUUCGUCACGCUGGCCACGUGACCCGGAAGUGUCUCCGGACAGCGCUGGCUCCCGGCCUCUUAAGUGAGAUGAGCGCACAACCCUAGAGUCAGACACGACUGGCCCGUACGGGCAGGGGUACCUUUACCUUUACCUAAUCUUUGUUAAAGAUUAAAAUGAUGAUGAUGAUGUCUGAUGUGGUCUUGUUGCUUUCUGAAAAAAGGAGUAAGGAUUGUCGUUGGCGUUGUCAAGCAGGAUUGUAGUAUAUUGUUUCUAUUUGGAUUGUCUUUUCUAGUUAGGAUAGCGAUUGAAUGGAUAUGUGUGUGUUGCUAACUAUAGUCAUUUAUGGGAGUGGGUGGCGCUGUGGUCUAAACCACUGGGUCUCUUGGGCUUGCAGAUCAGAAGGUCGGUGGUUCUUAUCCACGCGACGGGGUGAGCUCCCAUUGCUCUGUCUCAGCUCGAAAGCACGCCAGUGCAAAUAGAUAAAUAGGUAUUGCUGUGGUGGGAAGCUAAACGUCAUUUCCAUACACUCUGGUUUCUGUCACGGUGUUCUGUUGCACCAGAAGUGGUUUAGUCACACUGGCCACAUGACCUGGAAAGCUGUCUGUGGACAAAUUAUGGCUCCCUCGGCCUGAAAGCGAGAUGAGCACCGCAACCCCAUAGUUGCCUUUGACUGGACUUAACCAUCCAGGGGUCCUUUACCUUUACCUAGUCAUUUAAGGUGUUUAUUGUUUAUUGUUUUAUGCUACUUGUAUUUCUACCUUUUAGCAUUUUAAUUGUUAGCAGUUUUUAUCUUUGCUGUUUUAUUGUUUUAUACUAAUUCCUUUCAUAUGUAAACAUAAGUGAUAAUUUAGUUGCAAGGCAGUGUAGAAAUACCCAGAAUAAAAUAAUAAUACUGUGUUCAAAAUGGUUGGUAAGACAGUACUGGACUUCUAUAAGUUUCUAUCCAGCCCCUGCUUCCUUCCAAUUAGAAUAAUUAUACUCUACUGUGGAAUGGGUCAGGUAAUGGCAAGGUAAUGAAAGCUAUAAAGAAGAUGCAGCAAUCUAUCUAUCAUCUAUCAUCUAUCUAUCUAAUCAUCAUCAUCAUCUAAGUUCAAACAUCACUCAUGUGCUAAGCAUGGGUCGAGCUUCCUAACAAUCAGGAAAACAGUGAUUUAGAACUGUUUUUUCUUUUCAUUUUCAGUCUAUUAAAAACUUCUGAAUUUAGCUGUAUCUGGGUUCCAGAAGAGGAGCAGCAAACCAUGUUUAGUAUCUUAAUUCAGGCAUUAAGCCAAGCUGUGUUUUCUCAGACAUGUUUCCUGGCUACUUAGAAUCAAUUUAGAUAACGUAAAACAAGAACAACACAGUUAAACUUUACAGAACAUACUUUGGAAUGAUAUCUGAAAUAAACCUUAGAAAAAGGAAAUACUAGUAGAGAAAAAUGAAAAAAGUAAAGUAACAGGCGAUUCCAUGGAAAUACCCACCCAUUUUUCAUUUUCAUAUAUAGUUUACAUGUUGUAUAUCAUUUUAAAGAUAAUUUUCCGUAGUUUCAUGAUCUGGCAACAGUUUUUCAAAAUGGCAGUGGACAUGUGACAACCAGAAGCAUGACAUGCAAGAUGACACAGAAUUCCUUGUAAAUCUAAUUUAAAUGGCAAGUCAGCUCCAUGGUCUGACAUUUCUAUGUUCUCGAGUGUUUACUUAGUGCACUAGCACUGUCAAAUAGCAGCAGCAAUAAUUUAUGGGACUACAAAUGGCUUUUUUGCUCAGGUGUUUGACAUAAGAGAAAUAGAAGUGCUUUGAAAAGGAACUCUGAAACUUUUAUAUAAAAGGGAUGCAGUGUGGACCCAAGUUUGUCUUUAGCUUUUAGGAUAUUUUACCAGGUCACACCUGAUCAAUCUGGAUACCUGAUCGUGUGCUAGGCAAAUAAACUUUUGAAAAUGGAAAUAAUGUUCCAUAUACCAAGCAUGUUGUUGGGUGAUCCCUUCAAACACCGAAAUAACAGUUUUGCACAGAAUUGCAGCCUCAUUCUAUUGCCCAUUUAGUACCAUUUUAACUAUUAUAUUUGCUUGUGAAAAUAGUAUAAGUAUUGUACAGUUGUACUAUUGUAUGAUCCUUGCUUUUGAAACCAUAGUUUUUAUCAGUAUACUAGGUAAAAUAGGCUAAUCUGAAAACAAGCUGCUUAAUCUUUUUGUUUUGUUUUUACUUCCUCAUUAAUGUCUUACUAAGGCUUUCUGAGAAGUGGCAUUAAAAUUAAUUCAAUAGAUGUUUUAAUGUUAAAUAAAUUUGUGUUUUGGGGGAAUGGACUUUGAUUUUAUAUAAUUUAUAUCUGAAAGAAAUAACGCUAGUGAAAAAUAUACAAUUUUGCAGUAUUGGAGUAAUAAAGGUAAAGGGCCCAUGGAUUUAACCAGUCAAAGGCAAAGGCAAACUGGGGUUGCAGCGCUCAUCUUGCUUUCAGGCCGAGGCAGCUGGCGUCUGUCCAUAGACAGCUUUCUGGGUCAUGUGGCCAGUGGGACUAAACCACUUCAGGCACAACGGAACACCGUGACGGAAACCAGAGUGCAUGGAAAUGCCAUUUACCUUCCUGCCGCAGUGGUACCAAUUUAUCUACUUGUACUGGUGUGCUUUAGAAGUGCUAGGUUGACAGGAGCUGGGACUGAGCAACAGGAGUAAUAGGAAUAAUAGGCUGUUAGUAGCAUCAGUUGGAUCUCUACACUGAUAUUGUUUCAUGUUGAGAGAGGCAUACCCACAUUCACACUUUUAAACAGAACUUUACAGCAUCUUGAAGUCCAGAUUUGGUUUAAAAAAAGAGAGAGAGAAAUAUAGAUAAGAAUACAUCAUAGAAAGUAUCAUUCAUUAUUCAGUAACUAGAUGUUGAAGGGUUUGAAAUAAAUUACUCAAGAUUACCGGUAGUUUGUGUUCAAGGGUCUAACUGAUUUCCGUCUGGCUUUGGCCUGUUUUUGAGUCACUCGGUUGGAUGAUUUAUGCUGGGAUAUUGUUAGGAAUCAUCUAAUUCUUUUCUGAUGGGCCUCUAAACAGCUUUAAAUACCAUCAACAAUGGGCUGUCUCUCUGGACCAGGACAUUCCAGAGGUUUGGACCCAGAAGGUGGUGUUUGACGAUUUCCGUUCCAUCUUAUAGUUUUGUCUUUCAGGUUCCCAUGCUAUUUAACAUUCAGUUGACGCUGCUGAAAGAAGUCAUUUGAGGAGGUUUGGAUCAAAGUGUUGUCCCAUAGUUCUGUCCCUUUAUUCUACCUGCUCUGGUCAAAAUGCCCCAGUAGAACUGACUUGGGUUGGAUAGCACGGUCGCUGAAAGAACCAAGUUAGGGGAUUUUCCUGAACUUGGUGCUAGUUAUAUUGAGUCUGGUGGCUAUGAGUGACUUUUAGUAGGGCCAAAGCUGGUGAACCGGUCCAAGCUAUCUAAUCUAAAUAAAGCAAAUCUCCCGUUAAAUGUGCUCUCUUUACAUCCAGACCAUAUUCUUAUAGUGCACUCUACAGCUGCCUUUAUAGAUUAUUUGGAAACUUCAACUGCUUCAGAAUGCAAGCACUAGUUUGCUUACGUGAGCCAUUGUUUAGGGCACACCACAUGCUGUAUCAGGAUGGAUUUGAUUUAAAUCAAAUCAAUUUAAAUCAAUUUAAAUCACGAUUUAAAUCACUAGUCAGUAAGACUUGAUUUAAAUCAUUUUUUUACAGAAAGGCUCAUUCUUGCCAGUAUAAUUUUAAUAUUUACAAUCAGAUGACGUUUUUAUUUCUGGAAUAAUAAAUUUUCAGAGUAGUUUUUACAGUUAUAUCAAAAAUUAAUGAUUUGGUUAUACUAUUAGAAAUGCAUAGACAGAUAAUUAUGAAAUUAUUGUGAGGUUUAGUAAGUUGACUGUUUAUAUUUGGAAAACUUUUCUGCUGUACUUUAUUGGAAGGAGAAAAACAAUCAUUUCCUUAAUAACAAUUUAACUAAAGCAAUAACAUUAUAGCAUAUGUAUCCAUGUUGGUUAAACAUUUUUUUUAUUUAAAAAAAACUUAGACUGAGUUUUAGCACACAUGAAAUACUCAAAACAAAUCCUUAUUUCCUGCUGAACAGACUUUGGAAUAUAAUGUAACUUAAAUAGAAAACUAUCUUUAGAAAGAUUUUUCCUCCAAAAGCAUUUUAUUUUUAAAAUCCAAUUUAAAUAAAAAAAAAUCUGAUUUAAAUCAAAAAAAUCUGAUUUUUUUAAAUAAAAAAAAUCAUUGAGUUUUAUCCACCCUGGGCUGUACCAUUGGUAUUCAGGCUCAGUUUAAAGUACUCAUGUUGACCUUUAAAGUCCUAAACAGGCUGUUUCAGGGACCACUUGUACCCAUACUAAACUGCCCUGGCCUUAAGAUUGGCCCCUGAGAUCACAAGGAACCAGUUUUAAUUCUGGAGUCAACUAAAAGUAUAAAAGACUAUUAGCAUAAAUACCUGGCAAGGCAUGCACUUUGUGCUGCGCAAAACUGAUCGUUCUGCAGCCCCUUCACAAUCCACCUGUAGGGACUCCCCCCCCCCCCCCGGCCAAGUUUGUCAGUGACUACUAACCAGCUGCUGGCAACCAGUCAUUUCUGAGCACAAUUCAGAGUGUUGGUGCUGACCUUUAAAGCUCGAAACGGUCUUGGCCCAGUAUACCUGAAGGAGUGUCUCCACCCCCAUCGUUCAGCCCAGACACUGAGACCCCAUCGUUCAGCCCAGACGCCGAGGGCCUUCUGGCGGUUCCCUCCCUGUGAGAAGUGAGGUUACAGGGAACCAGGCAGAGGGCCUUUUUGGUAGUGGUGCCCACCCUGUGGAACACCCUCCCAUCAGAAAUAAACAACUAUAUGACUUUUAGAAGACAUCUGAAGGCAGACCUGUUUAGGGAAGUUUUUAAUGUUUAAUGCUAUACAGUAGUACCUCGGGUUAAGAACUUACUGUAUUUUUCGCUCCAUAAGAUGCACCAGACCACAAGACGCACCUAGUUUUUGGAGGAGGAAAACAAGAAAAAAAAUACUCUGAAUCUCAGAAGCCAGAACAGCAAGAGGGAUCGCUGCGCAGUGAAAGCAGCAAUCCCUCUUGCUGUUCUGGCUUCUGUGAUAGUUGCGCAGACUGCAUUCGCUUCGUAAGAUGCACACACAUUUCCCCUUACUUUUUAGGAGGGAAAAAGUGAGUCUUAUAGAGCAAAAAAUACGGUAAUUCAUUCCGGAGGUCCGUUCUUAACCUGAAAUUGUUCUUAACCUGAGACACCACUUUAGUUAAUGGGGCCUCCUACUUCUGCUGCGCCACCGCCACACGAUUUCUGUUCUCAUCCUGAAGCAAAGUUCUUAACCCGAGGUACUAUUUCUGGGUUAGUGGAGUCUGUAACCUGAAGCGUGUGUAAUCCAAGGUACCACUGUAUUGCGUUUUUAAUAUUCAGUUGGGAGCCGCCCAGAGUGGCUGGGGAAACCCAGCAAGAUGGGCGGUGUAUAAAUAAAUAAAUUAUUUAAAUUAUUAUUAUUAUUGACCACCAUCAAGCCCUCUAGCGGCCCAAGGGGCCAAAAACUAAGUACUUAAGGGUUGCUACCCUGUACACACUUACAUGCGAGUAAGUCUCAUGGAACUCAGUGGGGUAAGUAUGGGUAGGUAUGUGUAACAUUCAACCAUUAGUCUUACUUAUGUCUGUGGGAAAGAUGUUGGCGUUUGAUUAAUUUCCCCAUAAACAUAAUUGAACAUUUAAAGUACUUACCUUCACCUGGAUCAUGCCUCGAAUGCACCUAGUAGUAACUUUUUUUAUAUUUCUUUUUAUAUGUUUCAGGAACUAAGCAACUUAAACAUAUUUUGCUGAAAGAUGUGGACACCAUCUUCGAAUGUAAAUUAUGCCGCAGCCUCUUCAGAGGACUACCGAAUUUAAUAACCCACAAGAAGUUCUACUGUCCUCCAAGUCUCCGGAUGGAUGACAGUAAGUUUUGUUCUCUCAAGUCUCUUGUUCAACAUACAGUUGUACCUUGGAAGUCGAACGGAUUCUGUUCCGGAAGUCCAUUUGACUUCCAAAACUUUCGGAAACCUGUUGGGUUGAAAAUCACGACAGACAAGUGCGGCUUCUGAUUGGCUGUAGGAAGCUCCUGCAGCCAAUCGGAAGCCACAGAAGUCUGAUAACCCACAAACAUAGCAAGAGCUCUGCUGGAUCAGGCUAAAGGCCAGUCUUAUCCAGCACUCUGUUCUCCCAGUGGCGAACCAGAUGCCUUUGGGAAACAUGCAAGCAGGAGAUGAGAAGCAAGCAACAGAGGAUGAGGAGAGGAUGCUUAACCUUUUCCACAUAUCUAAAUUCCUUGUCUAAAUUGCUACCUGAGUGCUUUUAUCCUGGCAGAGGGGGAAACAGAAGUACAGUGGUACCUUGGGUUACAGACGCUUCAGAUUACAGGUGCUUCAGGUUAUAGACUCUGCUAACCCAGAAGUAGUGCCUCGGGUUAAGAACUUUACCUCAGGAUGAGAACAGAAAUUGCGCAGCGGUGGCACAGUGACAGCGGGAGGCCCCAUUAGCUAAAGUGGUACCUCAGGUUGAGAACAGUUUCAGCUUAAGAACAGACCUCCGGAAUACCUCUUAACCCGAGGUACCACUGUAUCACUGUACUGUAUACAACACUUAAUGUCUCACAUCAUAUGUAACUAAUCCACAACCUGAAAAAGAGACAAUGCAUGUUGUAAACCAAUAAAAUCUAUAAUAAAAGAGUGACACCUGUGAAAUAAUAUAAUGUAAACAUUGUGGGGUUUUUUGUUUUUUGUUUUUAAUCUACAGACUCUCCUGAUGUAAAUGAUAAGCAGAGCCAAGCCAUAAGUGAUCUCCUGGAAGCUAUGUAUCCUAGAGUGGACAAGCAAGACUAUAUAAUCCGUUUGGAACCUAUAGAGACAAACCGGAAUGCUGUCUUUCAAUAUGUUUCAAAGGCGGAUAGCACAGUUGAGAACAUUGAGAUGAAUGUCACCACAGAACCAGCUCCUGUAGCAGAAACGCCAGAACCUACCGCAGAACCUCCUAAAGCGGUUCCUAGUCCCUCACAGGAAGAAACGGCAGAGAUUCCUGUGGUUGCUGCUGCUAGCAAGGUAAUAUUGACUCCAGAAGAACCGUCUCUGUCCUCGAAGCCUCAGCUGCAAUGCGAUAAACCAGAUUUGGGUCACCAGUUAAUUUGCUGCCUCUGUAAAAAAGAAUUUCAUUCCAGACGCAGUGUACGCCGGCAUAUUAGAAAAGUACACAAGAAGAAGAUGGAAGAACUGAAGAAAUUUAUUGAAAUUAAAAGGCGGCCAAAUCAGACAUCUGGAAGGGGGCGCAAUAAGAACAUUCUUGUAACACUGGGUAGGAGCUGUCCUGUCUGCUAUAAAUCCUUUGCUACAAAAGCCAAUGUAAGGAGGCAUUUUGAUGAAGUUCACAGGGGACUGAGGAGGGAUUCCAUCACUCCUGACAUAGCUACAAAGCCUGGGGAACCUUUGUCCUUGGAAUCGGCUAAAAAAUCUGUUAAGACCCGAAAACAAAAGUCCCUUAAGGCUGAAUACAACUUAACCACCUGCAAAUGCCUCUUGUGCAAGAGGAAAUACAGUUCGCAGGUAAUGCUCAAAAGGCAUAUGCAAAUUGUUCACAAGAUCACCCUUUCAGCAAAAAAUGCUAAAAGAGAGAAGAAGCCCAAUAACGCAGUUAGCACAGAAGUGAAAGAGAAAACGGAACCAGCAGAAUCUUCGGAAUCAGUGCCUCCCAUCAUCAGCUCCCCGCAGAAUGAAACAAAGGGAACAAAUCAUUCGAAUGAAAGGAAGAAUGCAUCUUCAUCGACUGAGAAAAAGAAUGCCUCAUCAUCCGCCGAACGAAAGAAUGCAUCGUCCACUGAACGAAGGAAUGCAUCAGCUGCUGAACGGAAGAAUGCAUCGUCCGCUGAACGGAAGAAUGCAUCGUCCGCUGAACGAAAGAAUGCAUCAUCUGCUGAACGAAAGAAUGCAUCGUCCGCUGAACGGAAGAAUGCAUCGUCCGCUGAACGAAAGAAUGCAUCGUCCGCUGAACGAAAGAAUGCAUCGUCCGCUGAACGAAAGAAUGCAUCGUCCGCUGAACGAAAGAAUGCAUCGUCCACUGAACGAAAGAAUGCAUCGUCCGCUGAACGAAAGAAUGCAUUGUCCGCUGAACGAAAGAAUGCAUCUUCUUCCACUGAAAGGAAGAACGCACCGCCCACAAAGAAAAACAAAGUUAAGCCGAGCUCUGAAAAUUCUAAGUCAAGUAAUCAGUCCAUUGCAAGUGGUCUCCGAAAGCCCAGGAAGCCCAGACUUUCCGUUGGCUUUGACUUCAAAAAGCUUUACUGCAAACUCUGCAAACGCCAAUUUACGUCCAAGCAAAAUCUAACGAAGCACAUCGAGUUGCACACGGACGGAAAUAACAUUUUUGUGAAAUUCUACCGGUGCCCGCUCUGCCCUUACGAAACCCGCCGGAAGCGCGACGUGAUCAGACAUAUAACCGUCGUGCACAAAAAGUCUUCGCGCUACCUUGGCAAGAUAACGGCAAGCUUGGAAAUCAGAGCAGUGAAAAAACCCAUUGACUGCGUUUUAAACAAGGUGACGAGAAGAGGCGCUCCGAGGGAUGAAGGUAAGCAAAAUGGUGCAAAGCCGGACGUCACCGCUAACUCACCCAGCAAGAAGUACGAAGGGGCUGAUGUGGGCAUUGAAGUGAAAGUCACAAAGAAUUUCUCUCUGCACAGAUGCAAUAAAUGCGGGAAAGCGUUUGCCAAAAAGACUUUCCUAGAACAUCACAAGAAGACUCAUAAGGCAAACGCAUCCCAUUCGCCCGAAGAAAACAAUACAACCAAAGGCAGAAGCACGAGAUCUAAAGCUCUUGUCUGCUGA